AUGGAGGGGACGAGCGAUCCCUAUGGUGGCCACAAUGGCAGCGAGAUCCUGCCGCCCAUGCAAGCUGUGGUGGUCGAGGCGCCGCAGCCGGCAGUGGUGCACAAGGUUAUGGCGCAGCCGGCGCAAAGCUCAGCGAGCAAGAUGAAAGGGAAGGUGAAGGAGACCUUUUUCCCUGACGACCCGUUCCGGAGCUUCAAGGGGCAGCCGCUGCAGAAGAAGUGCCUGAUGGCGGUCAAGUACGUGUUCCCCGUCCUGGAGUGGGUGCCCGGCUACUCCUUGUCCCUCUUCAGGUCCGAUCUCAUCGCCGGCCUCACCAUUGCCAGCGUCGCCAUCCCUCAGGGUAUUAGCUACGCGAAGUUGGCAGACAUGCCUCCGCUCACAGGCCUAUAUUCGAGCUUCGUGCCGCCGCUGGUGUACACGCUGCUGGGGAGCUCCCGUGACCUGGCAGUAGGCCCGACGUCAAUCACGUCGCUCAUCAUGGGGUCCAUGCUGCAAAAGGGGGUUUCAGUGAGCCCCUCUGCAGACCCGACGCUGUUCCUGCAGCUCGCCUUAACCUCCACCUUGUUCGCCGGCCUCCUGCAGGCUUCCCUCGGCAUCCUCAGGCUGGGUUUCAUCAUCGACUUCUUGUCCAAAGCGACGCUGCUAGGGUUCAAGGCGGGCGCGGCGAUCAUCGUGUCCCUACAGGAGCUCAAGGACCUGCUGGGUAUCGUCCACUUCACCGACGAAAUGAACCUCGUGACCGUCAUGGCCUCCGUCUUUCAGCACACCGACGAGUGGUCGUGGCAGACGAUACUGAUGGGUGCGUGCUUCCUCGUGCUCCUGCUGUCAGCCAGACAUGUGAGCAUGAGAUGGCCAGAGUUCUUCUGGAUUUCAGCAUGUGCUCCCUUGGUAUCUAUCAUCAUAUCCACGGUGCUCAUUGACCUCUUCAAAGGACAGAACCACAACAUAAGCACCAUUGGGCAUCUCAAAUGUGGCCUGAAUCACCCGUCAUGGGACAAACUACUCUUUGAUCCCAAAUAUCUAGGACUCACCGUGAAGACUGGUCUCGUCACCGGUAUCAUCUCCCUUACAGAAGGAGUGGCUGUUGGCAGGACAUUCGCUUCAAUCAGGGACUACCAGGUGGAUGGUAACAAAGAGAUGAUGGCCAUUGGGUUGAUGAACAUUGUGGGCUCAUGUACAUCAUGCUAUGUUACAACAGGAGGAUUUUCUCGCUCUGCUGUUAAUCACAAUGCCGGCUGCAAGACCGCCAUGUCCAAUGUGAUCAUGGCGCUUACAGUCAUGGUCACACUGUUGUUUCUCAUGCCAUUGUUCGUAUACACCCCGAAUGUCGUCCUUGGAGCCAUCAUAAUUGUUGCUGUGAUUGGCCUGAUCGAUGUGCCUGCGGCAUACCAUCUCUGGAAGAUGGAUAAGAUGGAUUUCCUCGUGUGUUUGUGUGCAUUUAUUGGUGUCAUCUUCUUCUCAGUCCAACAAGGCCUCGCGAUAGCGGUUGGUAUAUCUAUAUUUAGGGUAUUGAUGCAAAUCACAAGGCCAAGAAUGAUAAUUCAAGGGAACAUAAAGGGAACUGAUAUAUACCGAAACGUCCAUCAGUAUGAGGAGGCUCAGAGAGUUCCUGGAUUCUUGAUACUAACAGUUGAGGCUCCUAUAAACUUCGCAAACACCAACUAUUUGAAUGAAAGGACUAAAAGAUGGUUAGAGGAUGAAAGUUUUUCAGGGAAUAAACAAACCGAACUCCGCUUCGUAAUCUUUGAUCUAUCAGCUGUCCCUGCAAUUGAUACAAGUGGCAUAGCGUUCCUCAUUGACCUAAAGAAACCAACAGAGAAACUUGGCCUAGAGCUUGUACUUGUGAAUCCAACAGGAGAAGUCAUGGAGAAAAUACAACGAGCGAACACCACACACAACCAUUUCAGGCCAGAUUGUCUCUAUUUGACCAUCGGGGAAGCAAUUGCGUCGCUUUCUGAAGAGGCCAAUAUGGCAAUACCAUAG